GGACUGUAUGCAUAUACACACACUGUGUCUAUGAAAAUUUAGAAGUUAGUGACUUCAAUAUUCCUGAGAGACAAAGACAAUUUAAAUGUGUGGUUCUGCCAUCACCAAACACCAAUUUAUUACAAAUCAAAGACAUGAUAUGAACUAGAUUGGGUUCACAUUCAAUAUCUGAGACUACACUUCGGUUCAAUUUCUGUGACUCAAUUCUCCUUUUCACACUCAUCAACUUUCUGAUUUUUCCAUCUUUAAAUCUCUGUCUGUUUCCACACACCAAUUCUCAGAAGGAUCAUUCCAACAUGGGAAACAGAACUGUGAUCACAAAUUCUCUUCUCUUUCUCUGUUUCUUCAUCUUCUUCAGCUUAGAACACUUGGAGGCACAAAAGGCUCCUGCAGUUUAUGUGUUUGGAGACUCACUUGUUGAUGUUGGCAACAACAAUUACUUGCCUUUAUCCAUUGAAAAGGCCAUUCUUCCUCACUAUGGCAUUGAUUUUCCUACUAAGAAACCCACCGGCAGAUUCACCAAUGGCAAAAAUGCUGCAGAUUUAAUUGCUGAAAAAUUGGGUCUACCCACUUCACCACCUUAUCUCUCCCUUCUCUCAAAAGUUCACAAUUCCAACAAAAACAUAUCUUUUCUGAAUGGUGUUAACUUUGCCUCUGGAGGUGCUGGAAUAUUUAAUGCCUCAGAUAAAGGUUUUAUGCAAUCAAUUCCUUUGCAGAAACAAGUGGACUACUACUCACAAGUGCAUGAAACACUUAGACAGCAAAUAGAAGCAUCUUCUCUUGAGAAACACCUUUCAAAGUCUAUUUUCAUUGUGGUGAUUGGUGGCAACGAUGUCUUUGGUUAUUUUGACUCAAAGGAUCUUCAAAAUAAAAACACUCCUCAACAGUAUGCAGAUUCCAUGGCUUCCACAUUGAAACUUCAACUACAGAGAUUAUACAACAAUGGUGCAAAGAAAUUUGAGAUUGCUGGUGUUGGUCCAAUUGGGUGCUGCCCUGCAUACAGGCUUAAGAACAAAACAGAAUGUGCUUCUGCAGCAAAUGAUUUGUCAGCCAAAUACAAUGAAGCUCUUCAAUACAUGUUAAAGGAAUGGAAGUUGGAGAAAAAAGACAUAAAUUAUUCCUAUUUUGAUACUUAUGCUGCCCUCCAAGACCUCAUUCACAAUCCAACUUCUUAUGGAUUUGUUAAUGUAAAAGGUGCUUGUUGUGGACUUGGUGAGUUGAAUGCACAAAUUCCAUGUCUACCAGUGUCAAGCAUUUGUUCCAACAGACAAGACCAUGUUUUCUGGGAUGCAUUCCAUCCGACAGAGGCAGCUUCUCGCAUAUUUGUGGAUGAAAUAUUCAAAGGACCUUCAAAAUUCAUAUCUCCUAUUAAUAUGGAACAGCUAUUGGCUAUCUGAAUUGGAAAAUCAGUGAUUACCCUUUGUAAUCUACCACUUUUUUUCUGGGGUUACUUGUUAUGAAACAACAACAGAAUAGAGAAAGGAAAAAUAGAUUAUUGUUUAAAGGAUUCACACCAAUAGCACUAAACCUUUGCUUCUUAAUGUUAUCAGUUCCAGUAAUAUCAGAAUUCAGUCUUCUUAAAUAAAGUCUCAAGUAUAAUGAAAAAAUAUUACAAAGGUUAUGUACUAAA